AUGCCACAGCUUAAACCAAAAUCCAACGCCGAGGAGAGAAAGAGGGGCGAGAUCGCCCUCAGCGAGUUCGCCGAGUACGCCGAGAAACAGCAAGCGCAGCGCUCCGCUGUCCCGGCACCAAAACCUCCCAGUGAUAGCGGAUAUGAAACCGGGAGUGUCUCCCGCGACCUGGAGGAUCAUGCCGAGCUGGAGAUCCUCGACCAGCUGGGUCUUUCGGACGCGCCCCGCGCCGUCAAGUUGAAGGACCUACUGCUGGGCACAGGCGAUGCGGCCACCGAGGAUAGCCUACAAGAGCUCGCUGCGACGAUACAAACACGAAUCGACGAAGGUCAUGGGGAGACAAUACUGGAUUUGGGACUCGAGGACGGUGGUGAUUCCAUGGGCUUUGACCUGACACAGUGGGUAACCGCGCUGCAACGACUGCGCGAGGCAGCCGAAACUAUUCCCGCUCACUGCCGCAUCCUUCUCACGUACAAUGUCGGAGGUCCGGAGGAGUCGCCAGUGAAGAACGAACGCGUUAAAGACGCCUGGGGGAAGGUUUUGGUACGACAGGUCGCCGCGAACAUGGAAGAGAUUGCAGAAUUGCGUGUCGCAGUCGUGGGCAAUGUUGAUGCUGGAAAGAGCACCAUGCUAGGUGUGCUGGUCAAAGGCAGUCUCGACGAUGGUCGUGGCCGUGCACGACUCAAUCUUUUCCGACAUAAGCACGAGAUUGAGAGUGGGCGAACUAGCUCCGUCGGCAUGGAAAUCAUGGGCUUCGACAGUCAUGGUGAGAUCGUAGGGAACACCCAGGGCAGGAAGCUCUCGUGGGAAGAGAUUGGGAAACGCUCUGCGAAAGUGAUUUCUUUCUCUGACCUUGCAGGCCACGAGCGCUACCUGCGGACAACUGUGUUUGGCAUGCUGAGCAGCAGCCCAAACUACUGUCUCCUGAUGGUCGCUGCUAACAACGGCCUGAUCGGUAUGAGCCGAGAGCACUUGGGCAUUGCUCUGGCUCUCAACGUCCCUGUCAUGGUCAUUGUGACCAAAAUCGACAUUUGUCCUCCCCAGAUCUUGCAGGAGACCUUGUCCCAGCUGGGCAAGAUUCUCAAGUCGCCCGGGGCGCGCAAGAUUCCUAUAUUUGUCAAAGACAUGGAAGAAACUAUCAAUACGGCGACGCAGUUCGUCAGUCAGAGAAUCUGUCCCAUCUUCCAGGUGUCCAAUGUGACUGGCGAGAAUCUGGACCUUGUCCGCACCUUUUUGAACAUUCUUCCUCACCGAGGCCAUUACAACCAGGAUGGUCCGUUUGAGUUCCUAAUUAACGACACGUUCUCGGUGCCCCACGUCGGCACCGUCGUGUCCGGCGUAGUCAAGUCCGGAGUCAUUCACGCCGGUGACUCUGUCGUUGUAGGGCCGGAUUCUCUUGGCCAAUUCACGACGACGACGAUCAAAAGUAUCGAGCGGAAACGAAUACAGGUGAACGCCUGCUUUGCCGGUCAGUCAGGAUCCUUCGCAUUGAAGCGUGUGCGCCGCAAGGAAGUCCGCAAGGGCAUGGUCGUGCUGAAGAAGAUGGAUACUCCUCCCAAGGUAUACCGCGAAUUCGUGGCUGAAGUCUUGAUACUGUCCCACGCGACCACAAUCAAGCCCAAGUAUCAAGCCAUGCUGCACGUCGGGGCUGUGAGCCAAACUUGCGCAGUAAUAGAUAUCGACCGCCCGUUCAUUCGUACGGGCGACCGGUCUCUUGUCGCGUUCCGCUUCAUACAACGACCCGAGUUCCUGGCGCCGGGCGAUCGGGUCCUUUUCCGCGAGGGCAAGACCAAGGGUCUCGGUGUAGUGAAAAGCAUCGGUUACGAUCCUGCGCAUCCUCUGAAUCCAAACGCAGCCAAACCGGACCACGAAGCUGGUGGGAAGGAGAAGGAGCAAGUGAAGCCGGAGAGCCCUGUCCAGGACACGACAAAGUAA